AAUCCAGGCAUGGUAUCUGUUCUGGACUUGAUGCAGGGUGGUUUCCCAUCACGAGCUUCAUUCCAUGAACUCUACAACAUGUACAAAAAGUACAUGCCGGAUAAACUUGCAAGAUUGGAUCCAAGGCUAUUUUGUAAGGCACUUUUUAAGGCUUUGGGCUUAAAUGAAAUUGACUACAAGUUUGGGUUAACCAAAGUGUUUUUUAGACCUGGCAAGUUUGCAGAAUUUGAUCAGAUUAUGAAGUCUGAUCCUGACCACUUGGCAGAGUUGGUUAAAAGAGUGAAUCAUUGGCUCGUCUGUAGUCGCUGGAAGAAAGUUCAGUGGUGUUCACUCUCAGUCAUCAAGCUGAAAAACAAAAUAAAAUAUCGAGCCGAAGCUUGCAUUAAAAUGCAAAAAACUGUUCGAAUGUGGCUUUGCAAAAGGAGACACAAACCUCGCAUUGAUGGCCUGGUUAAGGUGGGCACACUGAAAAAACGGCUUGAUAAAUUUAAUGAAGUAGUAAGUGCAUUGAAAGAUGGAAAACCAGAGAUGAACAGACAGAUCAAAGAUCUUGAAAUUUCUAUUGAUGCUUUGAUGGCCAAAAUUAAGUCCACUAUGAUGACAAGAGAACAAAUACAGAGAGAAUAUGAUGCACUAGUUAAAAGCUCAGAGGAUCUCCUCAGUGCAUUACAGAAAAAAAAGCAGCAAGAGGAAGAAGCAGAAAGGCUGAGGCGGAUUCAAGAAGAAAUGGAAAAAGAAAGAAAACGACGUGAAGAAGAUGAACGACGGCGAAGAAAGGAAGAGGAAGAAAGGCGGAUGUAA